GUGAAGUGACGGAGGCAGUUCUCCUGCAGAUUAGUGAUUUUUCUCCAUCAGGAUCAAAUUCAGAAUGAAUAUCCACCAUGUUCUGUCCUUCUGCUUCUUCUCAGCACUGUGUGGUGGAAACACUCGGCUCGUCAGCGCAAAACUCAACAUUUACACAGGAGCUGAAGGAGGAAAUGGUUCACUUGAUUGCCACUUCUCUUCAUAUGGAAGCAGGAAGUUCUUCUGUAAGAACGAAUGUAAAGCAGAAGAUAUUCUUAUUAAAACAGAUGAUGUCAGAGCUCAGAGUGGCAGAUUCAGCACUGAAUACAGAGACAGAUCUUCAGGAGGAGGAACUCUGACUGUGACCAUCACACAUCUGACCAAGUCUGAUGCAGGACGGUACAGGUGUGGUUUGGGCAAAACUUUGGUUCCAGACUCAUACUCUGACUUUGAGGUCAGAGUUUCAGAUGGACCACUGUUGGCUGGGCAAUCAGGUUUCUUCCAUACAGAAACUGAAGGAGAAGAACUCACUUGGGGAUGCAGCAAUACCGUCUACGGAAAGCAGAAGUUCUUCUGUAAGAACAAAUGUAAAAAACAAGAAGACAUUCUCAUCGAAACAGAAGGCAACCAAGCUCAGAGUGGCAGAUACAGCAUUACAUAUGUAAAAGGAUCUGUAUUUGGACUGCAUAUGACCAUCAAACAUUUGACCAAGUCAGAUACAGGAUGGUACAGGUGUGGUUACGGCAGAGCUUCGUCUCCAGAUUCAUACAUGGAUCGUUUCGUCAUUGUCACAGAUGCAUCAGUCCCAUCAGCCUCCACACCAACACCAACAACAACUCAGAGUCAAAGCUCCAGUUCAGGAAGUUUCACACCAUCAGUUUCCCCUGAAACCACCGACCAGCUUACAGCAUCAGUCCCAUCAGCCUCCACACCAACACCAACAACAACUCAGAGUCAAAGCUCCAGUUCAGGAAGUUUCACACCAUCAGUUUCCCCUGAAACCACCGACCAGCUUACAGCAUCAGUCCCAUCAGCCUCCACACCAACACCAACAACAACUCAGAGUCAAAGCUCCAGUUCAGGAAGUUUCACAUCAUCAGUUUCCCCUGAAACCACCGACCAGCUUACAGCAUCAGUCCCAUCAGCCUCCACACCAACACCAACAACAACUCAGAGUCAAAGCUCCAGUUCAGGUAGUUUCACACCAUCAGUUUCCCCUGAAACCACCGACCAGGUUACAGGUUACUUCCUGCCUCUGGUUGUCGGUGUGACUUGUGUUUUUGUGCUGCUGGCUGUUUUUCUGCUGCUCCUCUACAAAUGGAAGGCAAGAAGGAACUUUGCUGUGAACACCGGAGGAAAUGCAGACGACAUACACAUGGAGGCAUCUGUCACCUAUGAGAACUUGGCUCCAGUCUCCACAUGUGAAGAGUCCAUCUACCAGACCCUCCAACCAGCCAGCACAGAUCAGGACCAAACCUACUCUACACUUUAAGACAGCAAACAAAUGAUAAUGUUUGGAUUUGAAUCUGGAUUUUGUGCAGCUUAUAAUGUUCUGCAAGGUUCCAUUUUGUUGCUUUACUGUUGGCAGAUAUUAUGUAAGGGAUAAUGUACAGCCAGCGGGUCAUUGUUGUGAAAGAAUCCCAGACAGGGUGUUGCUGCACCCCGAUGCAAAGUCCUGAAGGGGAUUCUUUCACAACAAUGACCUGCUGGCUGUACAUUAUCCCGCUUAUUACACGGCUACUUACUGAAUAAAUCAAUAUUUUGACACAAAAACGGUCCGUCAGAGUCCGACAUCAGAGCUGCGCCCAUAGC